GGAAGUCGAGCAGACGCUCCGCCGGUGUUGAUGUGGCGCGGCUCGGUGCGGCACAGCACGGAAACAAACUGAACUCAGUGGCAGUGAUUUUUAUCAGAGCGAUGUCAGUAAAGUCACGAGCGCUCUGACGGGUUUCGAACCGGCCGCUCGUCGGUGUCGCAGCUAGCAGCUAGCCCGCCGGGGGCUAACGGGGCUAAUUGGAGCUAACCGGAUCAUCGGGAGGGGCGAGGGCGAGCUGACCCGGGUUCAAUGGAGGCGGGACGAAGCGGGCGGACGAGCUCGGCGGCGCAGCCGUGAAGGAUGCUCCAGGGCCCCUCGGGGACCCUGGACCGGCCCCUGGUCCGGCUGCCCUUCACCAGCUUUGCUGUGGCGACGGUGCUGCUGCCGCUGACCGGCCUGCUGGCCUGCCUCUUCAUCUCCCUCCUCUACCACUUCCAGGACGCCACCUACACACACUGCCAGGUGACGAACUUGCUGCCGUCCAUCAGCGCCGCCAUCAGCCGCGUCCCGGAGCGUUACAUCUGGCGCGGCUGCAUCGGCCUGCACUCGGCGCCGCGCUACCUGGUGACCGCCGCCUACUUCAGCUUCUACCGCGCCCGCUUCGCCGGGCGGCUGGCGGAGCUGCUGCUGAGCGCCGCCGCGCUCCUCUGCAGCCUGGUGGAGAACACCGGGCUGCUGCUGCUCACCUACGUGUCGUCCACCGAGUCCUACAGCCUCCACAAAAACGGCUUCAUCGCGUUCGUGUCGAGCUCGCUGCUGCACAUGCUGAUUACAUGCAGGCUGUGGUAUGUGAUCAAGAGGCACUACGUCAACCCCGAGGAGCUGAAGUCGUACCGCUGGAAGCUGCGUCUCUUCCUGGCGAACGUGAGCUGCUGCCUCCUCGCCUUCUACUUCUUCAGACGCCACAACACGUACUGCGAGCCAGGAAUGUACACCCUGUUUGCCUUCUUCGAGUACCUGGUGGUCUUCUCCAACAUGGCCUUCCACAUGACGGCUUUCUUCGACUUCAGCAGUAAGGAGGUGCUGGUGGCGACGCCGCCGGAGGACAAGCGCUACUGAGGAUCGGGUCGCUCCGCACAACAAGUUUUAUUUAAUUAAUAAAUGUUUAAAACGGAGCAGCUCUGGUC